CGCCAUUAUGGAUUGGCUUAACAAUAUCUCAUCGAAAUACUGUAGAUAAAACUCUUAAUAACGGAUCAUUCUGAACUAAUGAGUUAAAAGGACUAUUUUAGAACCAGAGAGAAGUUACUAUUGGAUUCACGUACAAAGAGAACUUAAAAUGGCUGGCGGAGUUGGCAAGAAACCAAGAAUACGAACCAUGAAAUAUAACAGGAAAUAAUUCAUCCAAAUCAUUAUCUACGCUGUGAGAAAUUUUAUAUAACACAUGUAACGAGUCAAAAUGAGUUUUACGCAUUUACUUGGAGUUACUAUUAUCCAAGACAAAAAGACGCAAACGAGUAGUAAAGAUACAAGAGACGAUGGUUCAAUAGAUAAGGUUACAGGACAACAGAUCAACCAAUCAAGGAGGUCUUUCUUUCAGACGUUAAUGUGUUGUGGGUGUUUCUUCUCGUUUGGUACAACUAUGGCAAUAAUUGGACCAACACUCAUAGAACUAGGACAUCUAGUAAACCAUGGUUUAGACAUGAUGAGCUGGUUAUUUUUUACUCAAGCAGCGUACGCUCUUCUCGGUGCUGUCAUGGCUGGUAUCCUGUUAGACAAGUUUAACUGUAAUCGUAAUUUAAUGUUGUUGGUAUGUCUUGCUCUGAAUGCCAUAUUUCUGGCCGUCAUCCCACUAAGUCGUGAUCUAUGGCUACUUAUCCUGACCACAGCUGCUGCGGGUUAUUGUGUGGGUGUCUUGGACACUGCUACUAAUGUGCAGCUACUGUCUCUACACGGCAAGAAGGUCUCGCCUUAUCUUCAGGCUCUGUAUUUCUCGUAUGGUUUUGGCGCGUUUGUGAGCCCACUUAUCGCCGAGCCAUUUCUGAGCGGUGAGCCCCACCCAGAGAUCAUAGCGGCACGAAGAGAGAAACCGAUGCCGUAUGGUGGAGGAAAACAUCGUCAUCAUCACUUAUCACAUGACAAUAUCACUAAAGGGAUCGCCAUGUAUGAUUCUGCCUACAGUAGUGAAGUGCAGUUUGCCUAUUGGAUCAUCGCUUUAGCUCAUGUACCCGUUGUUAUUGGUUUGGCUUACCUAGUCGUGCUGGACAUGUUGGAAAGUCGCCAGGAAAGAGAAAAAGAACAGCAAUCAAGCAAAGAUAGUCAUAAAGAUGUAGAUAUCCUUGAACCAGAAGAACAUAGACCUGUUAGUCUGUGCAGCAAUCCAGACAGAUUCCAAAUUAUUUGCAUCUCACUGUGGACCUGUUUAUUGGUUUUUCUAUACGAUGGAAUGCAGGGGUCCUAUGGGGGUUAUAUUUAUACAUAUGCUGUUAAAAGUUCGUUGAAGAUGAAACCAGCGGAAGGUGCCUUCUUAACGUCAGUAUUUUGGGGUUCGUUAGCCCUUGGUCGCCUAAUUUCUAUUCCUAUAGCUUUGUUCACUAGUCCUGCUGUUAUGCUUUUUGUUGAUUUGGGCGGGACAUUAGCAGCGAGUCUAUUAAUGUUAAUAUUUAAAGAAAGUUCUAUAGUAUUAUGGAUUGGGACCAGUACUUUUGGAUUGUUCAUGAGCAAUGUCUUUCCCUCGAGUGUGGCAUUAGUAGAGCAAUACUUUGAAGUGACAGGAACCAUCACGUGUAUGUUCGUAGUUAGCGCUGCUAUAGGAGAAAUGGUAAUACCAUUAAUUGUUGGUAAAGUAUUCGACUACGUGGGACCAAUAAGCUUCCUGGCUGAAGGAUGUAUUCUAUGCUUUGCUGCUUUUGGGGUCUUAUUUGCUGUUCUUAUUAUGGGAAAAGGAUUGUCUAAUACAUCUCGAAAUGGAGAAGAGAUAAUGACGGAUGAUGAGAACACUUCAUCGCAGAAGUCACCGCUAAAAACUAACACAGAAAAACAAGAGAUUACCUAAUCUUGAUUCAAAAUGUAUAGCUUAUUUUAUUGGUAUUACUAUUAUGAUAUAUAGUCAUUAAAGGACUUAUUUACUAAUA